UAUUAUAGACUACUUUAUGUAAGCCACAUAAAAAGAAAGAGGAAUAAAAAGAGGGAAUUACUCUUUUAACCAGGCCAAAGAGGGUAUAUGUCAAGAAGCACAAAAAUACCCUAAGGUUAUGAAAAAGAGUUAUUAUUUUAUUUUAUUUAUUUAUUUCAGGGUUUUUCUAUUUAUAUAUUUGUAUGUUAAGUUGUUUACAAUUAUGGUACCCUAGGACAAUAAGACCACAUAAAAAGAGACCUAACUCUUUCCCAAAGAAAGUAUUUUCAGUGAGUAAAUAUAGUUAAGUUGUUUUCUUUUCUUUUUUUUUAAAAAAAAAGAGAGAGAAAAGAUAAGAAUUAUAAUACAAUUAAUAAUCAUGGGUAGAGGAAGAGUUGAACUCAAGAGGAUAGAGAACAAAAUCAAUAGGCAAGUUACAUUUGCUAAGAGAAGAAAUGGACUUCUUAAGAAAGCUUAUGAGCUUUCUAUUCUUUGUGAUGCUGAAGUUGCUCUUAUCAUCUUCUCUAAUCGUGGUAAACUCUUUGAGUUUUGCAGCUCGUCGAGUAUGCUGAAAACAAUUGAAAAGUAUCAAAGAUGCAGCUAUGGCUCUCUUGAAGAAAAUGGGCUUCUCAAUGAUUCUGAGGCAACCUACCAGGAAUAUUUGAAGCUUAAGUCCAGGGUGGAGUUCCUGCAGCAAUCUCAGAGGAACUUGCUGGGAGAAGACUUGGCACCAUUGGCUAUAAAAGAGCUAGAACAGCUGGAGCACCAACUUGAGUUAUCUCUGAAGCAAAUUAGAUCAACCAAGACUCAACAAUUGAUGGAUCAAAUGGCAGAACUGCGAAGAAGGGAACAAGCUUUAAUUGAAAACAACAGGAACUUGAUGAAGAAGUUGGAACAUUGUAGCCCUCAAAUCCCUCAAAGACUUGCAUGGGAAGGUGAUAACACUCAAGAUCAACAACAUAUACCUUUCAGCCGCAUUCCUCAUCCAUCCGAGGGCUUCUUUCAACCUCUUUAUUGCAAUCCUCCUCCCCAAAUCGGGUACAAUAAUUUGGAAUCGACUGAAAUGAGUGUUGCAACACCAAGCCAGCAACAUGUCAAUGGAUAUAAUGUCCAUGGUCACCAUGGAUGGAUGCUUUGAGAAAAUUAAGCACGUAUGCACGCACGCGAUAAGUUCAAAUUGCGUACGUACGUAUGACUUGAGAGAUUAUAUGUAUAUUUUUCAAGCUAAGGUAAAUUUUGGAUUGUUUCUUAAGCUUAAUUAGAUUAAGGUAUGACUCUAUGUUUACUUAUCAUGAUCGAGUUUUCGAGGGCAAUUUUCAUACGAUUGUCCGUGAUGUAAUGACAUAAAGAAUGUAAUCUUAACUGCUGCUCGAACAAAUAGUAUAAUGAUAGACUAGAGCAUGGCAUUCACCCCAAUUUAACACUAUUUUGCUUAUAAUUGUAUGUAAACGGAAAAACGUAUGUAUGUUUAUUUUUGUAACUACGCACGAAUUUAAUAUUAUAUGAUAUGUUAAGAUGCUUAAUUGCAUGCUUACUACUAGUAGCUAUGGAUGGGAUUAUUGUAAA